AUGGUGCCACAAAGCAUAGACGUGGCCAUGCUUGGCAUCCGCAUACACACGGGUGAUGUCGCCACAUUCGCAGAAAUGACCAUAGCGAUUGUGGUGAUCCCUCUCGUUUACGCAUUGAUUGGUCUGACCGCCCAUGCCAGCUUCACAAAGCUGUCCCGGUCAUACGCCAGCAAAGCUAUCCUGAUUAUUGCGAUGGCGGUGAUCACUGCAGGGUUGCCUUUCGCCGCACUGUCGGCAUACCCGGUGAGGUCCCGCCUCACGGCUUUUGUCUUGAGCUACCAUGCGGUUCUUGGCUUUUUUCGCUGGGUUGAGUUUGUCUUGGGAAGAGGUCCGAAAGGAUCUGCGGCCAGCAGCUUUAUUUUUGCAGCAUACUUCAGCUAUCCAGCUGAGAUCUUGUUCGAGGAUGGCAAGGUGAAGAGGUUGAGUAGCAGAACUGCGGCGUGCACGGACUUGGCCUUGCGGGCGGGAUUUCACGUCCUGGUGUUCCUCGUCGUCAACAGCAUUGGCCGAGCAACGGGCAUGUUGCCCUAUGCGCAAGGGCAGGAAUACCUGACCAGUCUGCCGUGGUAUGGGUGGCCCAAAACGCUGCCAGCUUUGUACUUGCAGACCUGCAUGGUCUACUGCAUGAUGGGUUUAGUCAUGCUGCUCUUCCGCCUGGUGCUCGCCAUCUUGAGAGUGGACACCUUGGUCGCCUUCAAAGCACCACUGGUGCGAUCCACCUCCCUGCGGGAAUUCUGGGGGCGGCGCUGGAAUCUCAUCGUCCACAACCUUUUGAAGCGGUGUUUCUUUGAACCCUUUCGAGCAGGGCCGGCUUGGCAGCAGCAGUUGGGGGGCUUCCUGGCCUUCCUAAUGUCUGGCCUCUUUCAUGAAUACAUGUGGCUGGCCCUACAUGCUGCCGGACCUGGAAGCUCGAAGUACGUUUUCGGAAAGGUCACUACAUUCUUUAUCUUGCAGUUUGUGGUCACUGCGGCUCAGGCAAUGAUGGCAAGGAGUCCCAUAAAUCGUGUUGCUGCCAUGCUGCCGGACCCGGUGUUGACCUGUCUUGUCACCCUUGCGGUUCUCCCGUUUUCUCCGCUUUUCCUGGAGGGCUGCUUCGACAUGCUCCGCGAGAUUAACGAUGCCCUGCCGGCAGUCGAAGUACAGGAUGGGGGACUGGGACUGAAAAGUCUCAUCCUUUGCCUUCUGUCUGUGGGCCCUGUGGCAUUCUUGUCGAGAUCAUCCCUGGAGCAUGUGCAGCAGCCCCUCAAAUGCGAUGCCAGACCUUCCCGGUAA